AUUUAUGCUCUCUCUCUCUCUCUCUCUCUCUCACAAAAUGCAUCACCGUUCAUCAAUAUCUUUGGGUAAACUGUUUGUUAGACACCCUUUUCAGAGAUCUGCAAUACUUAAAUCUUCGUUUCACUUAGAAUAUCUCACAACUCUCUCAAAUCAAUGCCUUCCAUACUCACUGUCAUCACCAAAACUCAAGGAAAUCCCCUGUUUUCUCAACCCGACAAGCUCAAACUCUUCGACCCAGCUCGGGAUUUUCCAAAACAGGAGGCAAUACAGUGUUGACACGACUAAAGUAGUCGACGAAAUUAACCUCAAGUUCGCAGAGGCAAGAGAGGAAAUAGAGACGGCCAUGGAGUCCAAGGAAACUGUUUAUUUUGAUGAAGAAGCUGAGUGUGCUCGUGCUGCAGUGAAAGAAGUGCUAGAUAUGUUUGAGGGAUUGUUGGAAAAACUGCCGGAGAGCGAAAAAGGGGCGAUACGAAGGUCGAUGGGGCUCAAGAUUGAGCAAUUGAAGGCUGAACUUGAACAAUUGAAUGACUAGUAAACGAACCCAUAGUACAAUGGUGUUUGCCGCUGCAACUGGUGGUUGAAACUCUCGCUCCCAUUGUUGAACAUCAAUGGAUUGUCAUGGACCUUCACCAAGUAUCCUCGUGGUAUCUUCUUCAAGGUGGAAGGGAGCAAUAUAGAAGCCUUCACCUAAAGUUAUACAUUCCAUUUUGAAGAUGAUAUUUGAAUUCAAGUUGUACAAGAAUUUGGAAAGUUCUGUUCUGUGACCAUGAGGUUUACAUUGACUACUUUGUUGAACAUAAACAUUUACUGAGGCUGAUAACUAUAGCAGUAUUACAUGAUCAAGUAUUUUAUUGUUCUACUUCAAUGUAUAAAUCCUCCAUCAUGG